AUCACUAUAAAUCACGAUAUUUAAAAAUAAAAUCUGGCAGCAACAUGUACAAUAUUAGUUUUAUUUUUAUUGUUUUGGUGCUAGCACGUGUUGAGGAAUUUGUUUUAAAUAUAUAUUAAAAAUAAUUAGAAAUGCCCAAAUCAAAGAGAGAUAAAAAAGUUUCCCUCACCAAAACUGAUCGCAAAGGAUUAGAAUGGAAACAACAAAUAAUCGAUGAUAUCAGAAGAUGCACAGAAAAAUAUCCAAAUAUUUUUGUAUUCCAAGUACAAAAUAUGCGCAACAAUUUAUUAAAGGAUUUGAGACAAGAGUGGAAACAAAAUUCGAGAUUUAUAUUUGGAAAAAAUCGUAUUAUGCAGAUCGCAUUGGGCAGGACAAAAGCUGAAGAAAUAGAAGUUGAUUUGCAUAAAUUAUCAAAGAGACUUACAGGACAGGUUGGACUGCUCUUUACUGAAAAGAGUAAAAAAGAGGUUUUAGAGUGGGCCGAAAACUAUUGGGCAGUAGAGUAUGCGAGAAGUGGUUUCGUCGCUACUGAAACAGUUGUUUUACCAGAGGGACCUUUGUCUGAAUUUGCACACUCAAUGGAACCUCAUUUGAGAUCGUUGGGAAUGCCAACUUUAUUAAAGAAAGGCGUAGUUACAUUGUUAUCAGAUUACACAGUUUGCGAAGAAGGUAAAGUGCUUACGCCCGAACAAGCGCGUAUACUAAAACUUUGUGCAAAACCAAUGGCAAAAUUUCAAUUGACUAUGAAAUGUUCUUGGACAAAAUCGGAUGGUUUUGAAUUGCACGUGGAAGAUGAUCUUAAUGAUGACAAGGCUGACAGUGGCCAAGGAGACGACGAUGAUGAUGAGGCAAUGGAUGAUGAUGAUAAUUCAGAUCUUGAUGAAAAAUAAUUUAAAUUUUUAUUGCAUUCGGAUUUAGAAUAGUAAAAAAUUAGGCUAAGAUUUACUUUGUUUAUUCGUUUAUAUUUGAAUAAAUGUAUACAUUUCAUGAA